AAAAAAAAAAAAAAAAAAAAAAAAAAAAAGAAGAAGCAAUGUGCAGCUUUUUUAAAUGAAUGUAAGAUUCCUUAUUGUUAGAGUAUAGUAUAGCUACAUUUAUAAAUAUGCUUAUUUUUUUACUUUGGUUCACAUUACACUAUUUGGUACUUUUUCUUCAAUAGAUAUUGUCCACAAUUUUGAAUAAAGCUUUUUCUUGUGAGACAUCUGAUUUAUUUGUGUGCUUACUAUCAAAACUGUCUUUACAGGCUAAUUCUAUUAAUUUGUGUCUUAUUGAAAAGUUAAUUUACUUAAUAAAGUGAAACACAUUCASUCGAUUAAUUGUACACAGACUAGUGUUUUAGGACUUUAUUUAUAUUAAUUAAAAUUGUUUUUUUUCUGCUUACGUCUAGUAAAAAGACAUCGCUGAAGGUUGAAAUAUAUUAGACCAAUAAAACGACUUUUCAACACAGAAGUGUGGACUCAAUGAAAAGUAUGUUUAAUACCUGCUUAAAGGUUGUUCUCUUUAAAGAUCCUUUUAAUCUGAUAAGCUUCAUCAGGAGAAGGCAUAUUUUGAUUUGGUGAGUAUGACURCACGUCGACCUCUAGGUGUUUCAGCACACACCGGCRAGUCUGAGUGAGGAACUGCUAGUCUGGGUUUGACUGGAAAAAAACUAAAACUAAAGUUUGUGCCUCACAACAUCGCUGUCAUGGAAAUGACUGCAAAAGGUGUGUAAAAGCAUAUCUUCUACACACCUUUACAAGUAAUUUUCUUGUUUUGUACAGUAAGUGAUUUGAAUUUUCCCAUUAAAUGUAAGGAAAUGAGUCAUCUCACACUCAUGAGUCUCAAAAAGUCUUAGACAGUGGACUAGACAAACUUUGAAGAAACCACACAAGGCCGUACCGACACUAGAUUUGACACAGAGUUUUCAUUUAUAAGCUCCUAAUUUGUUUUCAGACAUCUGGUUAGAAGCUUACAUACAUCAUGGGGAUUAUUGUUAUAUAAAUACGCCUGAUGAAAACCACCCUCUUCUUCUACACUUUGCUUAGUUCUGAGAGUCUGGAAACGACUGUUUGAGCCUUUAAAUUUUACCCAAUUGCUAAUAUUUGUCAGUGACGUAUAGUUUCAGUGCUAUGAAGCUUACCGGAAAUCACCUGCGCUGUAAACAACCACUCUUCACUGCCAGGAGAGAAGUGGCGAGCUGAAGCUAAUGGCUAAUGGCUAAUGGCUAAUAAUGUUAAUUCAGUAUUUAUGGAAGACUGGCCAACACGGACUGAACGGCUUAAUUCUCUUCCUCCGCUGCCAUCCUAAAAAUGGCGCAGAAAAAUGACGUCACAUCGCCCGCGACUUCUCCUUUUGUUCGCUGAUUGGUCCAAAUUCUACUGGAAAAAUCCACUUUAAUGGGAGAAAGCUCGGACUGAACAUUAGGAAUUCAGCGGAAUGGCGCACGAAAUAAAUGGGGUCAAGCUAAUAAAUUUGGAGCUUUUAAUUAUUUAUUUGAACUGUCUUUAUAAAUAGUAACACAACAUAAACUUUUGUAAUUUUUUUCCCCCAUUAAGUUCAUACAUUUUUAAAAACACGAAUUGGGUUCACGAGAUUAAAUCAUCGUGGUUUUCCGCUAUAAUCCAAAGUAGGACAAAAGCAUACAUUCAGGUUCAAAUACAGCAGUAUUUGAGUCAACAUUUCUUAGCAAGUUGCUCCUAAACCCCAUGCUUUUUUUUUUCUUUUUCUUUUUCUCUCGAAGCCACCAUUGCGCCCCCGGCAUUAUUCUGACAAGACCCAUAAAGUAAAAAAAAAAAAAAAACUCCCUGUUCCUCGUAAAGACACAGCUCGGGUUUGGCUCCGGGGCAGAUGAGUAACACACCCCACUGUGACGCUGGAGCUAUGAGUUGCAACCUGCUCUGCUCUCUGCUAUGCGCUGCUUAUCAGGCACUUUAUUUCUGACAGCUGCUCUGGAAACAUCUGCUCUGAGCGGCUGCUGCUGCUCACCCUGUGCAUUAAUUACUUCUGGAUUCUCCUUCCCAGUGGAGCCUUUUAUAAAAUCCCUGAACAGGUAAAUAAAUCGUCUCUCUCUCUCUGUUUCUUUUGACCCAUUUUUUUCCUCACACUCCUUUUGAAUCCUAUUUGUUUUUUUGUUGUUUUUUUUUUGUUUGUUUUUUUGUUUGUUUUUCUUAUUGCAGACAAUGAAGCUGCUGAUUUGUGUCCUUGUGAGCUUGGUCUUCUUGGUUCCGCUGAGGCCCGUCUCCGUCCCCUGGCUGUCCGGCCUGAUUGCAGGGCUGGGCGUCCUUGCGGUCUGGAUGAGGUCCUGGAAGAACAUUCGUAUUGCUGCAUGCACAAUCAAGAGAGACCUGAUGUGUCUGGCUGCUAUUGUGAAAGUAAGACUUUCCAUGCACAGAAAUGUGCGGAAUAAAAGAACCGUCCCUGCCUUGUUUGCUCAGAAGGUGCUGCAGCAUCCAGACAAACCCGCCUUGAUCUUUGAGCCUACAGGGGAGGUUUGGAGUUUUAAAGACCUGCAGGAGCGAUGCAGCGCCGCGGCUCACUGGGCUCUGGCCCAGGGCUGGGCUGAGGGGGAUGUGGUGGCCUUGUACAUGGAGAGUCAUCCGUCGGUGGUCGCUCUGUGGCUGGGGCUGGCCAUGGUGGGCGUGGAGGCCGCGUUCAUCAACCACAACCUGCGGCAGGAAUCGCUGCUGCACUGCAUUGGAGUAUCUGGAGCUCGGGCCGUGGUGUUUGGAGCCGAAAUGACUGAAGCGGUGUCAGAGGUGUCAGGAUCCCUGCAGCCCGGCACAACUCUGUUCUGCACCGGCGGUGAAGAGGAGGAUGGAGAGCAGCGCCGCGGCUUCCAGGCCCAGAGUCUGGAAGCCCUGCUGACCUGCUCGCCCACACACCCGCCGUAUUACAAGCUGAGGAAAGGCUUCAAUGACAGACUUUUCUACAUUUACACGUCUGGAACAACCGGGAUGCCGAAGGCAGCGGUAGUGGUGCACAGCCGCUAUUUCCGCAUCGCUGCCUUCGGUUUUCAUUCGUUUGGCUUGCGUCCCGAUGACGUCCUCUACAACUGCCUUCCUCUCUAUCACUCCGCAGGGACCAUCAUGGGCGUGGGACAAUGUUUGCUCUUUGGCUUGACAGUCGUAAUCCGGAGGAAGUUCUCAGCCAGUCGCUUCUGGGACGACUGCGUUAAACACAACUGCACCGUAAUCCAGUACAUCGGCGAGAUCUGUCGCUACCUGUUGGCUCAGCCUGUCCGCCCAUCCGAAGCUCAUCACCGGGUCAGAGUUGCCAUCGGCAACGGCCUCCGUCCCUCUGUGUGGGAGGAGUUCAUCCGGAGGUUCAGGAUCCAAAGAGUGGGCGAGUUCUACGGCGCGACCGAGUGCAACUGCAGCCUGAUCAACAUAGAUGGAAAGGUGGGAGCUUGUGGUUUCAGUAGCCGGAUCCUGCCCAACCUUUACCCCAUCCGACUGGUCAAGGUGAAAGAGGACAAGAAGGAGCUGCUCAGGGAUUCGCAGGGACUCUGCAUGCCUUGUCUGCCUGGGGAGCCGGGUAUGCUAGUGGGCCGCAUCAACGACAAGGAUCCGCUCAGGCGGUUCGACGGCUACGCCGAUCGGGACUCGACCAAUCAGAAAAUAGCUCACCAUGUGUUCCAGAUGGGAGACUCCGCUUACGUCUCAGGCGACGUGCUGGUGAUGGAUGAAUACGGCUACAUGUACUUCAGGGACCGCAGCGGGGACACAUUCCGCUGGAAGGGGGAGAACGUUUCCACCACAGAGGUGGAGGGGGUCCUCAGCGGGCUGCUGGGACACACCGACGUAGCCGUCUACGGAGUGUCUGUUCCAGGCGUGGAGGGCAAAGCCGGCAUGGCAGCUAUCGCUCACACGGGAGCCGGUUUGGACCUUGAUGAGUUCCUGAGUGCCGUACAAAAACACCUUCCCUCCUACGCGCGACCCGUCUUCCUGCGACUCAUGCCAUCUGUGGACACUACAGGUACAUUUAAAAUUCAAAAAACACGCCUGCAGAAGGAAAGCUUUAAGCCACAACACACGGGGGAGGAGAUCUAUUUUCUGAACAGCCGGGCCGGACACUACGAGGCUGUUGAUGAUGAACUGUGUAAAGCGAUCGUUGAGUGCAGAGUUUCUCUCUGAGACAAGAGGACACCCAUUGAGUCGGCUGUAUAUUUUAUUACUUUAAAAAAUAAAAACUCCAUUGUGCAAUGGAAAACUUGAUUUUUCAAAUAAAUGUAUAUAAAAUGUUUGAGAAACUUCUUACACACUGAUCUUAAAAUGCAUCAACUAAAGAUCUCUAGAUCAACCUACAUUUUAUUUGGUAGUUUUACUGCAGAACAAAGAAACUAUUUAUAUUUGCACAAUGUAAAAUAUUGCACCCGAUCUUAAAAUUAUUUUUAUUUUA